CUAUAGUCAGUUAUUUGUCAAAAUUCUAUAAUGUCAAAGUUGGCUUUGUUUUGAUGACAGCGUCAUAUUGCUCAUUAUGGUGGUUUUGUGUGGAUGUAUGAGAAAAUACAUUAUUAAUCGUAUGUGUUGAUUAAACGUUAUGUUCUAAUGAGCCAUAUUUCAAGGUGGACAUUAUUUUAUACUCAUAAUCAACACUACUGCCAUUGAAGUGAAAGUUUAUGUAAAGGGGACGUAUAUUGUGUAGUUAAAUCUCGAGUCUGGCCAGCGAAGUUUACCCGCCCUGUGUGUCGUUCAUCGAAAGCCAAAGUAGGCCUAUGGCCCUAGUUGCUGUAGCGAGGAAGAAGUAUCAUAACAGACAAAACUACUGGUUUUGGAGUGAGUGUUGCAGCAGUGUUCCAUGGGUCUAGAAGCAUCUUACAUGGAACUCCUGUUGUGGUGUGAACCAUUGUUUCUUCAUUCGUCCAGGAACUUAACAUGACCAAUAUUUCAGUCCUCAUCAGUCAGUAAAGUAGUGUUCAUGGUACUUAAAAGCUACAAAAUUGUACCACUGGUACCAGUCAUGGAUGAACCAGUUAAGAAGAAGCAGAAAGUGAGUGAGGAUGGAGUUGAUAUGGAUGGUGGAGUAGAUGAGGUGGACCAGGAAUUGCUGGUGAUACAGCAGCACCUGUUAAAUCAGUGUUUGUGUCCUGUAUCAGAAAGUACCUUACGGAAACCUUUUCAAGGUGUGAGACUGGUGUCAAGUGGUCAGGGAGACUAUCAUGCACCAACCCUUGCAGAAUGGAGUCGUGAUAAUAUUUUGCUUUUUAUCAGCACCCUACAACUCCUGUGUGAAGUAGCCAUCAAACAGAAUGCUAAAGGAUUAAUGUGUACACGUAUCGUUGAAAUAUGUGACACACUUGUGAGAAAUGAAUAUGGCCUCAUUGAACAACUUAUAGAACUCUCCUCCCAUUCUGAUCCUUUCAUUUGUUUCGCAUCAAGUAGAGCACUGUCAGCAUUUCUGAUACUUUCCAAAUCUCAUGUUAAUCCUAGCUGGUUAGAAAGUUUGACAGAAAAUGCCCUUGUAACUACUCACCCACAGAAAAUCUCAUUUUCCCUAGAAGUUAUAAAGCAUGUUGUAGAAUGGAAGGAUUUAGAUACACAUCCGUUAGAAGACAGUAAUGAUGACAGACCUCCUCACUCAUGUGUUGUUGUUAGUGUAUCCGAUCCUGAAAGUUUAGACACGAGUCAAGUGAAGUGUCUUUGUAUCAAAGCACUUGAAGGGAAGUGGCCAGCUGUUGUUAAGAAGUUUGAUGGUAUGAUUGGUACUUACUCAAAUGAACAUGAAUCUACCAUCGUGACUUUUCUAAGUCUUUGGGAGGCAAUAAUCUCUGUAAAAGCAAAUCUCUCAGUUGUUGAUACAAAGCCAUUUUAUGCACAUCUUGACAAUUUUGUAGUGCUUCUUAAUUCUUCCGUUCCUCCUGGCAUCUGGAAGAACUUGUUGGGAUUGUUUAAUGAAGUUUUGUGUUAUGGCAGCACUCUGGCACUCCAAGAUGUACUGGCAGAAGAACCUUGUGGUCUGGCUCAUUUAGUAGUGCGAAGUGUGAAGGACUGGCAUCUUCUGGACACCCUUCCGUACAGAGGCGGUAGUGGCAGGUUUGGGGGUGGUGCAGGGGAUGGAGAUCGUCCACUUCUUCAGAAGAUGGCAUUACUUGUUUUGAAAAGUGUGGCAGUGACAGUGAAAGAGACUCGAUGUGACAGCUCCAGUGACAGUUCUCUAGGAUCAGAAGCAGAUGAUGUAGACGCUGAUAUGGCCAUGAUUGAACGUAGCAUCCGCGAGGUUCUCCGUCAGCUUGAUAACUGUGUUAAGACCUUGUUGCCUUUUCAUCCUGAAACUCCCUUGGCGCAGUGGGUGGUUCAGUUAUUUGCCGAUCAGGACGAUGCUCUCAUAGAAGGAAUGGUUUGCUGUUUGGACGUGGCCGUAGGAUUGUUCUAUCGGAACUCGGCGCAGCUGGAUCUGAGGCACAUGUUAAGUCCAUCUACAACUUUCGUACAAUUCCUGAGAGCUGUAUCUCAUGAUCCGGAUGUCCUGUUGGAUCUCCUUGUUUCAAAUGAGACCUGCUUUCUUCUGUACCUGUUACGGUUGCUGAAAUUUGUGCGUCGAAAUUGGGGAGAGUUUGUGACUUGCUGUGGCCGUGAAUUGGAUGACACCAUGUCUGUGUUAAUAAGAUUACGUCUUGCCAUAGAUAGACUUGUUUCCAAGGUGAUGUGUGAAACCAACUCCAUGGAGCAGGGCCCUUCGUGA